GUCUGGCACAUUAAAACCGUAUUUAACAGCUGUGAGGCGUACGCUUACAGCAGCGAUGUGUAUGGAGAAUUUUCAGUCACAAAUUGUUGAAAAACAUAAUAAACCUGAAAUAGAAGUCGGUAUGAGUAAAGAAUUAUUGUUGACUCCAGUUAUUGUAAGUAGGAAUGAUAAGGAAAAAGUUUUAAUUGAAUCGAGUAUUAAUAGUAUGAGGAUAAGUAUAGCUGUUAAACAAGUUGAUGAAAUGGAGAGAAUUUUGUGUCAUAAGUUCACAAGAUUCAUGAUGAUGAGAGCUGAGAAUUUUAUGAUUCUCAGGAGAGUACCUGUCAAAGGAUAUGAUAUAAGUUUUCUUAUUACAAAUAUUCAUGUUGAACAAAUGUAUAAGCACAAAAUAAUAGAUUUUGUUAUACAUUUUAUGGAGGAAAUCGACAGAGAAAUAAGUGAAAUGAAAUUAUCUAUGAAUGCAAGAGCUCGUAUUUGUGCUGAAGAGUUUUUAAAAAGGGUAAAAAUUUCUAUUUAUUAUUAA